GAUUAGAUUCACCAUUUUUUUGUAGCUCCAAAUCAAAAUCAAAAUAUCUCCCUCCCCCGGCCUCCAUCGCCGCUCCCUUCCCUCCAUCUACAUACACAUAUUUUUUGUCGUUGCUCUUGAUUCACUGUAGAAUCCUUCCAGAAUCAAGAUUCAGUCGAUUUCUAUCUACAAAAGGGGAUGGAUUUGGACCAGUGGAUAGCAAAGGUGAAAGAGGGCCAGCACUUGUCCGAAGACGAGCUUCAGCUUCUCUGCGAAUACGUCAAGGAGAUUUUAAUUGAGGAGUCGAAUGUCCAGCCUGUCAACAGUCCGGUCACAGUUUGUGGUGAUAUCCAUGGACAGUUUCACGAUCUAAUGAAGCUUUUCCAGACUGGAGGUCAUGUACCAGAAACAAAUUACAUAUUUAUGGGGGACUUUGUUGAUCGAGGUUACAAUAGUCUUGAAGUUUUCACCAUCCUUUUGCUUCUCAAAGCAAGAUACCCUGCUAACAUUACUCUCCUACGUGGAAAUCAUGAGAGCAGGCAGCUAACUCAGGUAUAUGGAUUUUACGAUGAAUGUCAAAGGAAGUAUGGGAACACUAAUGCUUGGCGUUAUUGCACGGAUGUUUUUGACUAUCUUACUUUGUCAGCAAUUAUUGAUGGCACGGUACUUUGUGUACAUGGUGGCCUAUCUCCAGAUAUUAGAACUAUUGACCAGAUUCGAGUUAUAGAUCGUAACUGUGAGAUCCCACAUGAAGGGCCCUUCUGUGACCUAAUGUGGAGCGAUCCAGAAGAUAUUGAGACAUGGGCAGUGAGUCCCCGAGGAGCCGGCUGGCUUUUUGGAUCAAGGGUCACCACUGAGUUCAAUCAUAUCAACAAACUCGACCUAGUUUGCCGUGCCCACCAGCUUGUUCAAGAAGGUCUGAAGUAUAUGUUUCAAGAUAAAGGACUUGUCACAGUGUGGUCUGCGCCAAAUUACUGUUACCGCUGUGGAAAUGUGGCAUCGAUACUUAGCUUCAACGAGAAUAUGGAGAGAGAGGUGAAGUUCUUCACAGAAACAGAGGAGAACAACCAGAUGAGAGGACCAAGAAGUGGAGUACCUUAUUUUCUCUAACUUGGGAUUUGGUUUUUAUUCUUUUAGUGAUGAAAAUGUAGUUUGUAUACACUUUUUUUAGAUGUAUUCCAUUUCCCAGAGAGCUUAUGUUUCUUGAUUUUUGUUAUAGAUCUCAUUCAUAUCUUACAAUUGUUUUCCUUAAUAUAGCACUUGUCUUGUGUUUUUAUUUUA